CUUCAACACCAGUCCUGCGAGCGAGCACAAUGGCACCCUCAAGAGGUCUGUAUCUGCUAUGGCUCUCCAGAGAUUCCAAUCGAUGUUGCAGCUCCCUGCAUCGUCAUGUACCGCCUGCAACAUCGCUGCGAAGGUCGACGCACACGCGCCGAGCUUAUUCGUCGUUCACAGAGAACCUUUCGAACCCCUCCAACAAGCUGCAGAGCUACAUCUCUCGCAGUAGCGACCCGUAUCUGAACCUCAGCAUCGAAGACCACAUCCUGCGCAAGUCGCCGCCGGACAGCACGAUCCUCUUCCUGUAUGUGAACAGGCCGUGCGUAGUGAUUGGGCGCAACCAGAACCCAUGGAGUGAGGUCAACCUAGGCAUCCUCAACGCUGCAUCUGGCACAAAGGAUCUACUAGAUACGGAGCCUCCCGGAAUAGGCGCCAUUGAUCUUGUGCGACGGCGUUCAGGUGGUGGUGCUGUCUUCCACGACGAAGGAAAUCUCAAUUGGAGCAUCAUCUGCCCACGAACUGAGUUCACUAGAGACAAACAUGCUGAGAUGGUUGUGCGUGCGCUGCGACAGCAGGGUAUUGCACGAGCCAGGGUCAAUGAACGACACGACAUCGUCCUUGAUCAAGGGCAUGAGAAGCGCCCAUCCGACCCGGACGACACGCAUCGCACGCCGUAUACAGUCGAUGGUAGCAUACCGAAGCCGCUGAAAGUUUCUGGGUCGGCAUACAAGCUCACACGGCAAAGAGCCUUGCACCACGCGACAACGCUUCUCGAGUCACCGAACUUGCACAUCAUCUCGCAGUACCUACGCUCUCCAGCAAAGCACAAUAUCGAGGCAAAGGGCGUUGAGAGCGUCAGCUCACCCGUUUCAAAUAUUGGCUUAGAUCUGAAAGCCUAUCAAAAGCGCCUGCAGGAUGUCUUCGCGGCCAUGUAUGCCAACGUCGGCAAGAUUGACGUUGCCACGACCGUCGGCGACGAGUAUCUGAACAUUCCUGACGUCAAAAAGGGUUACGAUGAGCUUCGUACACAAGACUGGAUGUGGGCACAAACACCGCAGUUUGAUGUGAAGCUCGACUUCGUUGAUGGACCCGAGAUCACCAUGAAUGUGCAUCACGGCGUCAUAAAGAGCCUCGAUGUCGAAGCUGGCUUCUCGGACGAGACACAUGAAGAUAUUCGCUUGGCACUUAUUGGCACAAAGCUGCAGGAUGUGAGCGACUGGACGACGCUGCUACAAGCCUGCGUCGAGCCUUUCAAUGAGCGAUGCAUAGCGGUUGCACAGCGGCUGGAAGAGCUCUUGCCUGUUCCCGAGUUUCCAAGAAGCUGAAGAGUAUUGAUGAAGUUAUGGUCGACACAAUGAACGCUCUAGUUCGGCCCUGGAGGCGUAGUGCACAGCACUGAAUCGGUUGAUGAAGAGAUGGCCUGAAGUACUGUUGAGCAACUGCGCAACAUGCGCCGCCUACUCGAACGACCCUUGCUAAUGCUCAAGCAAAGGCCAAAGAUCGUUGCUGAUUGGACUGCACACAUGAUUUGUUGGAUCGAGUUCCGCCUGCCUCCGGUCACAAUGCGCUGUCACCACAACUCGGUCUGAUAUUCCAGCCAGUGGAUCCUUGAGUGGCUGAUUGACUUUAUCCCGGUAGCCCUUGUGAAGCUCAUCGCCAGCGGCGAUCGAGAGCUGC